CAUUGAAAAAGUUUGCAAAAAUCUUAAAAAAGUGGUAAGGGAUAAGAGAGAAAGAGACAAAAGCUCUUGUCUUUAGUCUCUUACCAUUUGAAGACUCAAAGAAUUUUAAUUUUGAUUUUCUCAAGCAAAUUAAAAAGGAGGAGGAAGAAGUAGUAGCUUAGAACAAGUAAGAAAAUCACUGUUUCUGGAUUUUUCUUAUAAGAUUUCUGCUUCAGCUUGCAUAAGAGACCAACAGGUAUGAAAGAUUCAAGCUUUAUCGAAACUUUACCAUCAUUUUCAUUUAAAGUUGUAGCGUUUAUUUAGCUUUCUGGGUUUUUGAAUCUGAGAUUGUUGAAAUGCUUGGUUUCAUUUGAGUUUGCUAUUCUGUUGAAGAGAAGUUUUUUUUUGUCCUUUGAUGCUGGAUUUAAUUUGUGUGUUUUGUUGGCCAUUUUGGGUAUAUACUUUAGAUUUGUUAAUGGAUAUAUUCCAAUGGGAAGAUUUUAGUCCUGUUCUCUUGGGAUUUUAUUCUUUAAAAUAAUAUUUUAACUUGUGUGCUUGAUUCAAGUAACUCUAGCUGAAAUUCUGGUGCUUUGGAGGAUUAUAUAUAUAUAACUUGAUGUGCUAGAUUUGGGUAACUAUACUUGAAAUAAUUGGUGCAUUAGAGAAGGAAUCAAAUAGUGACUGUAAACAUAUUAAGUGAUCAUUUUGUGUAGAGAAGGAACUUUAUAAAUCCAUAGAAAUAAGAUUUAUGAAAGAGGGAGAUGAGUAUGACUUAUCUUCAUAUGAUUGUAGACUCAUGACCAAUAGAAUAAAGUUGGCUGAAGCAUGCUUUGGUUUUUAUUGUUGAGUACAUGUUGCCAUGUUGGUUGUGGAGCAAUUCUGCGAACCUGUAUGUGCGAGACUAUUGCAUCAGUGUUAAGUUUGAUUAAAAUCCCUCUUUGGUGUCGUGUAGGACUGAAAUCUGAUUGUCAUUGUUUUGCAUUCUUAUCUUUGUUGUUAACUUGAACCGGAAAUUUGGUCAAAUUUUCCUGCUAAUUUUCUUUUGAAAUCAAUUUAUUACCUUUCUUUGGUAGGUUUAUAUAAGAAGUAUGAAAAAGUUUUCCCUGACUUGAAUCAUCCUCUACGGACCAAUCUUCUCCCCCACCCUACAUUUGGGUCUGACUGCACUGUGAAAAGGAGCUGUUUGAUGCAUGCUGGAAUUCAAAUCCAUAUUUUUCAUCUUGAGAACUUGUUGCUGCGAGAUGUGAGGCUUAGACCUGAACUUGCUUUGCUGAUAUUAAGAUCAGGGUUAAGUGGCAUUGCAUGAUUUUUUUUUUUUUGUAAUUUAAGUUGCUGGCAUGGAUGUUUGUUUCGCUUGACUUAUGUAGUAUUUUACGAAUACCUUCUGGAUAGUGAAUUUGGACCCAUAUUGGAUAUGAGAAUGCUUGCGGAGACAUGCUCGAGCCAAGGGAAGCUGAUAUACCUGCGUUGUUUCUGGUCUUGGUGGUGCUUCCUGUUGUUGCUUACUACUUACUCGGGAAAUGGAGUGAGGCUUCAAAGAAACAUGAACGGGUAAGUUUACUUGCUCAGCUUGCCGCUGAAGAAGCUCUUAGAGCCGAAACAAUGGCCGCUGCCAGUGUUAUUCCGCUUGUUCCUUCUUCAAAGAGAGCUGAAACAAUGGCUGCUGCUGGUGUUAUUCCACUUGUUACUUCUUCGAAAAGAGCUGAAACAAUGGUAGUUUCCAGUGUUGUUCCGCUUGUUCCUUCUUUGAAGAGGGCCGAAACAAUGGUCGCUCCCAGUGUUAUUCCACUUGUUCCUUCUUCAAAGAACAAAUUACAUGUGUGUGCUUGGUGCUUCGGUCCUGCGACAACUCGCUGCUCUAGAUGCAAGGCUGUCAAAUAUUGUUCCGGGAGGUGCCAGAUUAUUCAUUGGAGGCAAGUGCAUAAGGAAGAAUGCCUGCAGUUGGAGAGUGCAAGCUCAAGUGCAUCUGCCUGUGUUGCCUCGUCUGAAGAAUCUGCACUACUCGGUGACAACAUGAAUAUGCAGUUUGGGUACGGUAAUAGGCAGGCUAUCAUUGAACAAGCACCAUUAGAUCAUAUCAAUCUUUGUCAGAUAACCACUGUUGUAUUUGUUAAUAGGGAUUGUUCUACUGUUAAUACCUCUCAAGUCCUUCCACCAGAUAUAAAAAGUACAGACAGGAGAACUUAUCGUAAAUCCAACAGAGAAAUGUUACGAAAAGAGGAUGUAACUAUGUUUGAUUCUUGUGAGGAAACCACAAGGACUAGAGCUAGUAGAUCGGCAUCUAAUAAUAUUUCUUCCGACGAGGCUUUUAUAAGGCAUAAGUCGAGAGCUAGUGGUUUUGUUGAAGUAGAAGAGGGUAUAAAGCCGCAAAAUGCCAAUGGCUCGAACAUGCAUAUUCGCGGGCAAAAUGCAAGUACUGUCAUGCAUGAGAGUCAUAAUUGUCAAAGCCAACGUGGCAACAAGUCUGAAUCAAAAAGCAAUUAUGAGUUUUCCGGUCCACCAUAUUCUGCAAAAAGUGGGACAAGUGUACAUGGAGCUGAAAAUGCCUUUUUCCGGAAUUCGAAGAAUUUAGUCAAUGGGGAAAAUGGUUUUGGUGGCGAAUCAGUAGAAUUAGACUGUUCUGGGAUGAUUGCAGCUAAGGAAUGCAUAAAAGCUAGAAGUUCAUUGCAUUCCUUAGAACCCAGAAUCUCCGAAUCAACUAAAUUAGCAGUGAAAGUGUCUGGAGAACAAUCAUGUCCGGAAAUGGGGAGGAAGGGACAAAUACCAAAUGAAUUAAAAGUUUCUGGAACAACAGGUGCUAUGCCGGCACCAGGGAUCAGUGGGGUGGCUAGCAUCAGAAUUAUGGAGAUGAUGGGUUUAAAGAAGUCAUCAAAACUUGUCAAAAACAAUUUUUCUGCACUUUGUGGUGAGAGACGCAAGAAAAUAAAGAUGCUGUUUCCUUAUGAAGAAUUCAUAAAUUUCUUCCAAUGUGAAGUCUUUGACUUAUCACCGAGGGGACUUCUAAAUUGUGGGAACAGUUGCUAUGCCAAUGCGGUUCUGCAGUGUUUGACCUGCACAAAGCCUCUCAGCAUCUAUUUGCUGCGUCGAUCACAUUCAAGAGCCUGUUACGGGAAAGUUUGGUGUCUUAUGUGUGAGCUCGAACAACAUGUGAUGCUGUUAAGAGAGAGGGGAGGACCUUUAUCAUCCAGUAGGAUCCUUUCUUACAUACGAAGUAUUAAUUGCCAGAUGGGCGAUGGAAGUCAGGAAGACGCACACGAGUUCUUGAGACUCCUAGUUGCCUCAAUGCAAUCAAUAUGCUUGGAGAGAUUAGGUGGGGAACACAAGGUAGACCCGAGGUUGCAAGAGACGACGUUUAUACAACAUACUUUUGGAGGGAGACUUCGAUCAAAGGUUAAGUGUCUAAGAUGUUUUCACGAGUCAGAAAGAUACGAAAACAUUAUGGAUCUCACGUUAGAGAUAUUUGGUUGGGUCGAAUCACUGGAAGAUGCACUAACUCAGUUUACGAGACCUGAAGACUUGGAUGGCGAAAACAUGUACCGAUGUGGAAGGUGUGCCGGUUAUGUUCGAGCUCAGAAGCAGUUGUGCAUACACGAGGCUCCUAAUAUACUGACAAUUGUCUUAAAGCGGUUUCAGGAGGGAAAAUAUGGGAAAAUAAACAAGUGUAUCACUUUCUCCGACAUGCUGGAUAUGGUUCCUUUUAUGACUGGAACAGGUGAUGUCCCUCCACUUUAUAUGCUUUACGCAGUCGUGGUGCAUUUAGAUACACUGAAUGCAUCUUUUUCUGGACAUUACGUGACAUACGUAAAAGAUUUGCGAGGCAACUGGUUCAGGAUAGAUGAUACCGAGGUGCAUCCAGUCUCAAUGAACCGGGUGAUGUCCGAGGGGGCAUACAUCUUAUUUUACAUGCGGUCAUGCCCUCGUCCACAAAGAGAAUUAACCGAAAAGAGCAUACGGAAGCAAGGUCCUGCCAGGCAGAACUCAUCAGAAACGGAGAGGCCUUCACGAGCAGCACAAAGUAAAUCCAGCACCCACUCUGUUGUCCCCAAGCAUGUCCCAGAUUUAAGGCCUGAAAUUGCUACCCGUUGUUUCAACCGCAACGGUAACGACUCUCUUUGGCAGAGCACAAAUGGUGACAUUGCCGAACCUAUCAACACUGAGUUCUCUGAUGCUACAUCAAGUGAUUGGUCACUUUUCACGAGCUCAGACGAGGCCUCCUUCACGACUGAGAGUGCUAGAGACUCUUUCAGUACAGUGGACUAUUCCGACGCGAGCAAUGGAGAUCCUUUCUCGAUCUUCAAUAACUUGCCAGCUCCAGAAUCCUCUUACAGUACGGUUUCGUGUAGGUUUUCGACUAGUAGACCCCAUACUCGCUUUGCGUUAGAGGAUACGGGUUAUGUUUUCGAUCCGCACUCAUCCACGCAACCUGAGAAUAGACUUCAAGAGCACCUGGAUCAUGUCGGCGAUUCUUUGUCCGAAUUAUCUAUAGCUAGGGACAAUGACUUGUAUGUAAAAUACGGGAAUAACCCGAAAAAUAGUCAUGAUAGAACUGCCCGACCAUAGUUUUCCAUUUUUGUU